UUAAUUUUUAUUUUUUCGUUGAUUUCUCCUCGACAUUCCUUUUUUUUUGUCUUUCUUUCUGUGUAUACUUGUAAGUGAGACCAUGUGUAAGUGAGACAGUUUAUUUCAAAUCUAUUAUUUUCUAUCUCUUUUUUUCUUUAUUGGUGUGUGUGAAGAAAAAGAUAAUUAAUAGAAAUAUUGUCUCCAUGCGUUUUUCGUUCAUGCUGAAAACUUCCACGAGGUGGAAACUCGACGAUCUCUGACGAGAGUUUCGUUGAAGAAAGAGGUGCCUCGGAGAAGGAAUUAAUUGACCAAGAGGAACAAACGGGGUGGUGGUGGAGGAGGAGGAGGAGGAGGAGGAAGAAGAAGAAGAAGAAGAAGAAGAAGAAGAGGUUGUGGUGUAGGAGGUGAUAGUGAACGGUGGUUCCUUCCAAAAGGACAUCUUAAAGAAAAUAAGGAUGGGGUUUUACAUCAUCUUUAUAUGUCUAUUGGGGGUAGCAGUGAGUGAUAACAGUACGAUCGAGGAUCAUUCAGCGAUCGAGGACGUUUCAGAAAUCGCAAACGUUGCGAACAAUCUCGACAUAGUAGACACCGUUGAUCAGAAAAUUACGUGGGGAGAAUGGUCGCCCUGGUCGAAGUGGUCGCAGUGUUCCAAAAGUUGCGGUGGUGGAAUAUCGAAGCAGCAACGAAGAUGUAGGCGGAAACCUUGCAAGGGAAGACCUUGGAGUACCAAAUACAAAGUCUGCAAUUCUCAGCCAUGCGAAAAGCCAAGUGAUUUUCGUGGAGAACAAUGUGCAGCAUUCAACGAUGUACCUUACAGUGGACAAUUGUUGAAAUGGUAUCCUCAUUACGAUCCUGAACGGCCCUGUUCUUUGAUUUGUCGUGGCGAACAAUCGCUUGAUAAUACCGUCAAUCGAUUGCAACAGCAACAAGAACAAGAACAACAACAACAACAACAACAGCAAGGCUCCAACAAGAAAACACUUAAUCGUGAUCCUCAUGACGAUCUACAAUUUGACACAGACGAGACUAUUGUUGUACAGUUAGCUGAAAAAGUCGAGGAUGGCACUAGAUGUUUUUUGGACGGUCAUGACAUCUGCAUUAAUGGCGAAUGCAUGAAAGUGGGCUGCGAUUUGCGAGUCGGAAGUAGCAAGAACACGGAUACGUGCGGUGUAUGUGGCGGAAAUGGAUCGAGCUGUCAAUCGAAAUAUUCUUGGAACUUGGAACCGAUAUCCGCUUGCUCCAAGUCCUGCGGAGGAGGUUUUAAAAUAGCGAUGCCAGUUUGUAAGGCUGUCGGUACGGACGAUCGCGUUGUCAACGACAGCCAUUGCAAGAACGACGAGAGACCAGAGAAGACCCUCGUACAGUGCAACACGCAUCCCUGCACGACAAAAUGGAUAAGCGGAGAAUGGAGCAAGUGCAGUGCCAGUUGCGGUGGUGGAUCAAGAACCAGGGCUGUCUUUUGUACCGAAGAAAAUGGCAACGAAACUACCAAGUUACCCGAGCAUAAAUGCAGUAUUAACCACAAACCACGAGUUCAGGAGACCUGUAACAUUAUCUCUUGUCCAAUGUGGGAGGCAGAUCAAUGGAGCGAGUGUUCAGCAUCCUGUGGUACCGGCUUUCGAAGGAGAAGUAUCGAAUGCAGAGAUGGAAACGGUCUGAUUUCAACUGGCUGUGACCCCUUAGAACGACCACGAGCCGAACAAGAAUGCAAAACGAAUGUGGCAUGUAACAUGUAUGGGGAAGAUUUAACUCAACCAUUGAUGCAACCGUAUCCACCACCACCGGUGCCAGAAAAAUUGAUCGAUCAACCAAUCCCAUCUGAAUCGACGUUCAUCGCAGAGGAAUGGUCACCGUGCAGCGUAACCUGCGGAGAUGGGAUACGCAGUAGGGAAGUUCACUGCAAGAUAUUCCUCGAGUUCAGUCGUACGAUGGCCAAUUUACCAGAUAUACAAUGUUCCGGACCGAAACCCGAGGAGACGGAGAAAUGCGUGAUGGAACCUUGCGGUUUGAUGGAAAAUAGUUUACCGUAUGGGAUCGACACCGUUGGGGAUAGCGGAUAUGCCGAGUCCAGUUUGACGGAUACCUACAAAUCUUCAGCUAGUUCUGGAAAUGGUGGGGGAAGUGGUUUAACAUCUGGUAGUGCCAGUGGUUACGAAAGUGGCAUCAAAGUGGCCCCAGGAAGAAACGUGCAAACCACUUACUCCUGGAAGGAAACAGGUUACACGCCUUGUAGCGCUACUUGCUUAGGAGGCGUGCAAGAUUUAAUAAUAAACUGCAUACGAGACGAUACUGGAAAAACCGUGACUCCGUUACUCUGCAGUGCGGAAACUAAACCGGAGGCGAGAAUCCGUACUUGCAAUGAUCAUCCAUGCCCACCUAGGUGGAGAUAUGGCGAGUUCUUACCCUGCAUGAGCCCCUGCGGUAUUGGCAUUCAAACUCGCGAUGUCACAUGCAUACACGAGGUGGCACGAGGAUUCAGUAAUACCGUGACGGUACCAAACCAUAUGUGUCCGCAGCCACCACCAGCAGACAGACAAUACUGUAACGUGUUGGAUUGUCCGGUCAAGUGGAACACGGGAGAAUGGGGAGAGUGUUCCAAAAGUUGCGGCGGAGGGGUAAAGAGGCGAAACGUGACCUGCGAGCAAAUAAUGGCACUGGGUCGCAAACAGAGACGGGAAGAAAAUAAAUGCCCGCCGCAAAAGCCAUCCUCCGAAAAACCGUGCAACACGAAACCGUGUCACGAGAUGGACAUGAACGUGCAACCAAUCAUUCUUAGUCAAAAUUCUACGUAUAAUCAGUCGGAUCUGAACGAGAAAGUUGAUCUAAAAAUAGGCGGUAUUGCUAGGAUAUUUCAAGGGACGGUCUUUAUCAAGAUUAGAUGUCCUGUUAAAAAAUUCGAUAAAGCACAAAUUAUCUGGAUGAAGGAUGACAAAGAAUUACGAAGAACGAGAAAAUAUAAAAUCAACAAAAAGGGUGCACUCAAAAUCAUGGACAUAAACACGUCCGAUAGUGGAGUUUACGCUUGCGUUGCAUCCCUUUCGCGCGCUGAGACACGUAUCUUCGUGAAGUUACGCUCGAAAGAACAGAUAAGCAGUGAGGAAUAUCUACGACUUGGCAAUUCCGUACAUCUUCAAAGAAAUGCUAAUCUAGAUUCGGCGCCAGCCAAUUCCGGUGAGAAUCUUUACACCGAUCGUGCAGCCGCUUAUGGUAAUCACUUUGCUCCUAUCGAUGGAGAAGACUUAAGCCACGAACGAGCGGUUCCGAGUAAACCAACGAGAAAACCACAGCACAAAAGACAAAGGACCAGUCCAACCCCACCAGAUUCAACCAUGAUGCACAAAGAGCAUACUAUAACCUCUUUGAAUCAGCCCGGAUAUCACGAAUCCGUAGAAUCAACACCAACGUCCGGUGCAACUAGUCUGAUGCCUCACCUCAGUUAUAUCAUUUCGAGCAUAAAGGCCUAUUGGCCAUUCCAAAGUAGCACAGGUUCCAGCAGAAGUCAUAGAACAGCACCAGUUACGUUCAUCGAUGAUACUCAUAAAGAAGUUUCAAUGGCAACUAAACGUACAAUGCCCGACAGAAAAACUGAUCUGAGGUAUCACAAUUUUGAUGAGGACGAUUUCGAAGACUUGUAUCGAAACACAGCCAUUCCUGACGAUGUUCUCGAACCAGGCGAGGAAAGAAUAUUCAUCAAUGUUGAUCCCUACGAUCUGGACUCAGCCAUAUUUGGUAUAAAACAAGAAGACACUAAUAAACAAACAUCUAAUUUAUUGGAGAAAAAAGAUUCACCGAGUGCUACGAAAUCUAACAUGGAUUACGUCGAGGAAUCGUUGAAAAAUGUUAAAAGGCAUUGGCAAGAUGUUGUGAAACAUCAAAAAAAUAAUAGUUUCAACGAUUAUUCCGACGGGACGAUCAAUUCAGCAGGAUCCUCGGAUAAUGUUGGAUUAGAUGUUUAUUAUAUUCAGGAUUCUACCACGAAAAAUGUUGCUUCUUCUUUAGCAACGAAUGAAGAAAAUACAUUAACUCGUACAGUUGCAUCAACGAAUCUCGAAGAUACUGAAAUUUCAACGAAAAUCUUUAAUUAUGAAAACGAUGAUAAAUCAAAUACGAAUGAUUCGAUCUACGUAGACGAAUUAGAAAAACGUCGAGCUAAUGAUUUCAACGAGGAUCGUACUAUUUCAUCAGCUAGAUCUUUAGAAAUUGAAGAAACUAAUGAAAAUUCAACAACGAUGGAAGAAUCAACGUUACCUAGCAUUGAACACGUUGAUUCAAAAUCGACUGAACAAAUCACAAAGGAAUUAUCUCAUAGACAUGAUCGAGAUAAUUCAAGAGGGACCUCCAAGGAAACUCUGAUGGAUAUAUUUACGACGACUGAUAGCAUGGGGAAAACCGAUUCUAUAAUUGGUUCGAUUGGUGGUUUUGAUAAUACAGAAGACCUGGUCUUUGAAUGGGUGACAACUAAUUGGUCGGAUUGUUCCCAAACUUGUGGGGGUAGUGGUUUCCAGAUGCGUGGUGCACAAUGUACGAUGCGUCCAAUAAAAUCGGAAAAUUCAAGCCGUUUACCACCGAGAACAGUGAUAGGUGCAACUUUGUGCGAAGACGCAGGACAUCCAAUGCCACAGAAAGUAAGACCUUGCGGAAUUGAAAGAUGUCCACAAUGGCAUACAACCGAAUGGACGAAUUGCGAAUCUUCGAGGUGUUUUAAUUGGAAAACGGCCAUGCAAAGGCGAGAUAUUAGUUGUCGAUUGAUCGGGGAAUUGGAAGAUGGCCGACAAAAUAUCACUCAAUUAGAUCUGAAUAAAUGUGAUGAAGCAACUAGACCUUUACAAAGGCAGGAAUGUUAUAACGAUGCUUGUAAAGGUGUAUGGAGAGUAGGUGAAUGGUCUGAGUGUAUUGCAUCUUGCGAAAAGGAUGGUAUAAAGUAUAGGAUACUGCAAUGUGUAUGGUAUGGAACAAAAAAACCAGCAGGUAACGCGUGCAGAGAUUUACCAAGACCACCGGUAAUGAAAACGUGCAAAGGUCCACCUUGUCCUCAAUUUCCAGAUGACUGUAAAGAUCAAUCGCCAUUAUGCAACAGAGUGAAAUUUAUGAACAUAUGCAAAGUGCCAUUUUAUCAGAAGCAGUGUUGCGCGUCUUGUCGUCAUCGUUAGCUCGAAGAAAGUGCGAUCUUACGCGAAGUGCGGUACGAUGAAAAAUCAACGAGAAGAUGAUGAUGAUGAUGAUGAUAUGAUGAUGAUGAUGAUGAUGAUGAUGAUGAUGAUGAUAACGAUGAUAACGAUAACGAUGAUGACGAUAACGAUACACAGUAAGCGAUGGAACACGGUUUUUAAUCACGAAGAGAUAAGAUAAAGAAAAAAAUGGAUCAAACAAAAAGUUUCAAUCUCCACUCGUGGUUUUUAAUUAUAAACCGUUUCGCGACAAAUCUUUUGAUUAACUAUCGUUAGAAAAAAGAAAAAAAAUUAUUAUGCCGCCGUUAGAGAGAAGAUUUGCAAGAGAAAAGAGAUAAAAAGGGCUUUGUUAAAAUAACUCCAUCUCUAACCAAAACUGUGAAGAACAGUGAAACGAGAAAAGUUUAAUAAAAGUAAUUAUAAUAAUUAAACAAAAUUAAUAAAAUAAAUAAAUAAAUAAAUGAAGUGUAACAUUAAAAAAGAAAAGAAAAAAAAAAAAAAAGAGAAAACGAGAUCAAAGCUUCCUCGUUUUGAUGUUAAUUGGAUAGUAUUAAUUACGAUGUAACACGCUCACGAUUAUGUACUCUCGAAACAGUAUCGACCAAGUUUAUAUGUUCUUUCGCGAUUAUGUUUAUUCUCUCUUGUAGUUAUUAAUUAAAGCAAACAGACGUCAGAGGAAUAUAACAGCGUCGAAUCUCGCGUGCCGCGUGUUGUGAGUGAAAGAUCAUAAAUUCAUUUUGAGAAAAAGAAAGAAAAAAGAAAUUAAAUAAAAUUAAAUAUAACAAAAUAUAAAAUCACAUUUUUAAUAAUAAGCAGAAUAUAUAUAUAUAAAAAGGAGAACGGACACACGCAUACGUUUACGCGCGCGUGCACACACACAACACACACACACACAUAAACGCGCACAGAGAACAGAGAUAAAUAACAGACGAACAGAUUGACACUAAACGCAAAAGAGCUGAAAAUAUCCUCGUUUCGUCCUAAUUAAGCUAUAAUUUGUUGAGCCACGUGUACGUUACGUGUACAGUUUGGCGCGAAUCCUAAUCGCGCAUACUCUCGUGCCCUAGAAAAGAAAUGGAAACGUGGAAUUCGUCCAAAAAAGUUGAAGGUAUAUCUAUAUUGUUAAAGUUCAAUGAGAAA